GGGGGAGAAGAAGAUCAGGCUGCACCUGCCCGCCCCCAACCCCUUCAUCCCCACCGACCUCUCCCUCUGCUCCGACGAAGCGGCCGCCGCCCCGGAGCACCCGCAGGUGGCGGUGGCGGUGCCCGGCCGGCUGCGACUGUGGCACAAGCCGGAGACGCGGUUCGGUCAGCCCAAGGCAGUGCUCAACCUAAACAUCUACAGUCCGGAAGCCUACGCCAGCCCCCGAGCUGCUGUGAUGACUCGCCUCUUCACCAAGCUCAUGCUGGACUACCUGAACGAAGUGGCAUACCCCGCACAGCAGGCGGGUUUGGACUACAACCUGCUAAACACGCAGUCGGGGUGGCAGCUGUCGCUGGGCGGUUUCAACCACAAGCUGCCCGAGCUAAUGGCGGAGGUGCUGGGGCGGCUGCCGGGGUUCAAGGUCCUGCCCGACCGCUUCCAGUUCGUGCGCGAGGGGUUGUUGCGCGAGUACGCCAACCAGCAGCACAACCAGCCGUACAGCUGGGCCAUGUACCGGGGGGAGCUGCUCACCACGGUACGGCGCUGGCCGCUGGAGCUGUACGGCGGGCUGGCGGCGGAGGUGAGCGCGGAGGAGCUGCAGGCGUUCGUGGGGCAGCGGCUGCACAGCAGGUGUUUCGUGGAGGGCCUAGCCGCCGGCAACAUGCGCCGCAACCAGGUGCUGCACUGCGCCCGACUGCUGCUGGGCUGCCUGAGGGACGGCUGCGGAGCCGCGCCGCUACACCCCGCGGAGAUGCCGGAGCUGCGGGUGGUGAGGGUGCCGACACAACCGCCAACGGACAUGCAACCGCCGGCGGCGGCGACGGCAGCGGCAGCAACGGCCAUGGCGACGACAGAGACAACGGGGGCGGGGGCGAGUGGCGGGGGCGCUGAAGGAAGCAAGGAGGAGGGCGGGAGUGGCAGUGGCAGUGGCGGCGGUAAUGCCGUUAGUGACGGUUGCUUCAACGGUUGGCUGUUUUGCGAGGGAGUGCCGAAUGGAACGGAUGAGAACUCGGCGGCUGUGAUUGUGUUCCAGCGCGGCCCCGACGCCUACCGCUCCAACUCGCUGGGGUCGCUGCUGGUGCAACUGUGCAAGCGCGACGCCUUCUCCGAGCUGCGCACGAGGCAGCAGCUGGGCUACAUAGUGGCGCUGCACGGGAGCAAGGAGCACGGAGUGGGGUUCAUGGAGAUGGUGGUGCAGUCCAACAUGUACGAUGCGGAGGAGCUGUGCCGCCGCAUGGAUGACUUCAUUGCGGCGAUGGUGGAAACAGAACUGCCGCUCAAGUGCGGCCUGGCACCCGCACCCACAUCCGAGGAGGAGCAAGCGCAGCAGCAGCAGCAGCAACAGGGGGCCGAGACUGACGCCGCAGCAACGGAAACCGCUGCCCAACUGCCGCCGUCCCAACCGUCAACCACCUCAACAACCACCCCAGCCCAAACUGAGUUUGAGAUUGCGGUGGAGGAGCUCGCAAAGUCCAAACUGCAGGCUCCUAAAAAGCUAGGCGACCUGGUUGGGCCCUGGUGGUCGGAGAUCUCGCACGCCACCUAUUGCUUCGAUCGCAAGGAGGCUGAGGUUGCAGCCCUGCGCUCCGUCACGCCGGAGGAGCUGCUGGCAUUCGCGCGGGCGCAACUGACCCCUGGGUCACCCGACUGCCGCAAGCUGAGCAUCCAGGUCCGUGGAAAGGCGGAAGCCACUCGCCGCCAGGAGGCCGCCGCUGCUGCCUCUUCCUCCGAAGCCUCCGCCGCGGCCGACACACCUGUGCCUUCUGAGCCCGCAGCGCUCGCCGCCGCUGCCGCCGCCGCCACCCCCCGACUGCCGUACGCCCCCAUCCCCGCUUCCGACCCCUUCGAGUGGAAGCGCAGUUGCGAGGCGUGGCCCUCCGUGAGGGCCCUAUGGGCGGCCAGGAGGGCGGCGGAGGGGCGGCCGCCGCUGCCGGAGAGCGUGGCGGAGGCGGAGGCGGCGGAGGCGGAGGCGACGGAGGUGGAUACGGCAACCGGCGUGGGAGCAGCGACGGCGGGAGCGGGAGUGGGUGCGGCUGCGGCUGCGACGGCGGCAAAGGAGGAGGGGGUAGCUCCGCCGCCGAUGGGCCCACCGUCGGUGGCGGGCGAGGGUGUUCCUGUCAGCAGCGGUUAGGGCGAUUAAAACGGUUAGGACGGUAAGGGCGGUUAGGGAUGUUUGGACGGCUUCAGGAGCAGCAGCAGUGCUGGGGUAGGUGGAGGGCGUGUGGGUAAAAAAUUAUAUAAAAGUGAAACAACAAAUCCCAAUCCCAUAUCCCGACUGGCG